AUGGUUGCAAAAUCCGUCCCGAAUCCGAAGUCGCAUAAAUCAGCCUCAAAGAAAAAGCAGGUCCUGAAGUUCAGUAGAUGCAUUCCGCCUGGAGUUAUUGAUGAAGAUAUAGUUAUCCCUAGUUUACAUGAAAAAUGUUUAAAGGAACACAUAAAAGUAGAUAAUAAGCUUAAUAAUCUUGGGAAAGAUGUUCACAUUGAACGUGACAAAUCAACCAUACAUGUUACCGCAAACAUCCCUUUUUCGAAAAGGUAUCUUAAAUAUCUGACAAAAAAUUCCUCAAAAGUCACAAAUUGCAAGAUUUCCUUUUCAUGGUAG